AUGGCCCUCGCGCUGUCAUGCGAGCCCGCAGACGUUCUCCUAAAACAACUUAUUGGUAUUAAAUUACCAUACCCGACACAGCCAGUACCCUCGCUGGUCCCGCCGGACAGCAACACAGCCCUAUCCUUUGCCAGCGUCGGCGAGAGCCGGGUCGCGUGUUUCGUCGUAGGCGGUGAACCGAGAUUGUGCCUGCCACAGGUUCGCAACACUUGCCUACCAGGAUGUGACGAGGAAGAGGUGCUACGGCUAAUCCAGGACCUCCAUAUUCAUCUGGUGACAGCCUCUCAGCAGCAGAUGGAAGCCCUGAAGCUCGCAGAUGCUAUACCGCAGCCAACCGCUAUCUGCGAUCUGAUCAAGAAAACCGACACCGAGCGUUUGCUCGGCGAACUCCGGGGUUGCAAAUUCGGGCGCCCAUCACCUGGGAUUCUGAAUGAUGCUGAGAAGCUGUUCAUAAAACACGAUGUGUUCGGAGGGUGUAAGGGAAACCUCUACCCUUCACUCUACCCAAAACUGGCAUGCAUCGAAUGCUACGAAUGCCGCAAGUUUUUCGAGCCCCCGCAUUUCCUAACGCACAAUCAUCUAAAGACUGAGAUCAUCAGGACCGUUCAUUGGGGAUUCGAUGCCAACAAUUGGCGGCUGAUGCUUCGGCUUCAAAAGCGGCAUCGAGGCUCUGAGACGGCGCGGGAGCGCUUCGAGGACUUUCUGGCCCAUUCGCUCGGCUCUGGGCAUUACCCUUUGAAGCGGCCACAUGUUCAUGCGGAAAAGGGAUUUGUGAAACGCUUUGCGGUGGAAAGCGGAGAACUGGAGAUAUUGUUAUUGAAAGAACAGGCACGGCAGCAGGACCUGAUCCAGCAGAUCGCCCAAAUGCCGCAACUAAGCGAGGCAGCAGCCGCGCUGCUUCAACUGGGGCAACAAGCCGCCCCGCCUCUGUUCCCGAUGCAGCAACCGUGCACCUCAGCACCUCCAAAAUCUUUCAACGACGAGCUGCCCCUCAAUAAGAUCCACGGGGAGAAUGACUGGAUCCGACACGAUGAGAAUGCGGCUGAGCUCGCCUAUCAGAAGGAGAUGGCCAAGCAACGACCGGACUCGGAGAAUAGCAGCUCAGAUGAGGACACCCUGGAUUCCUUACUGGCCGAACACAUUGAGGGCGAUGCCUUGCAAGCAGUCCGGAAUCGGAUCGCCGACGUGCAGCGGGGGCUGAGGAUUCAAUUGGAAGAGGUAUCCAAUGAGAGGGAUAAUCUGCGAAUCGAAAACGAGACCCUCCGGGCACAGAAUGCCACACUUACCCACAUACUACAACAACAAUCCCAAAAACACAUUUCGCCAGUCUCGCAGCUACAGCUGCAGACCGCGAAGGCCGGCAGCUCAUCCGGAGCGGGUUUGGUGUCGCCCGUGAACUCACUGCUUCUGCUACAACUGCUUCAGCAACAGCAACAGCAGCAGCAACAAAUCCAACAACAAACUCAGAUUGCAAACCAACUUGCGACGAUGGAUUGUUCUCUUCUGGGGUCACUAACGAGCCAACUAUUAGCCACCGGCUCCGGCGUCGGCUCCUCGGUGAACCCGAAGGCGGCCAGUACGGUGGGCACGGCGAACGUACUUCUCGCGAUACUGGUGCUGGCGAGCAGAAAGUUGCGCCGCCAAAAUGAGCUGAUCAUCAUUGCCUAUUAUUGUUUCAACGAGUCGCUGCUGGCGUUUGGCGGCGCUUUUUAUGCGCUUCGCCGUACACUAAUCCUUCUCCAUCCCGGGGACUGGCCUCUCAUCCCGCGAAUUGAAUGUCUCGAGAAUCCGUUUUUGUUUCUAAUUCUCUACACGUACCACUCGGUGCCACUUGCAGAAAUCUUGCUUACAGUGGAUCGUAUCCUAGCUUUGUACUAUCCAUUUCGCUACCUCGCAAUGCCCGCAUGGCAAGUCUUGGCCACACUGGCAGGUGUCACGUGCUUCUCUCUUCUUACCACCUUGGUGUCCCUUUUCUAUACAUUAUUCCUCGACCGCGAUCAUCCGGUCAAAGUUUCCCAGGGCUGCUACCUCGAUGUCUAUGCACCAUUUGUUUAUUAUCUGAUGUAUUUUGGAAAAGUGGUCCUGUACAUCACAUGCAUCCUUUUGUACCUACCUGUGCUAUGGCGGGUUAGAAAGAUCAUGAACGACGUAUACUCUUCUUCAAAAAUGCGAGCCACCGCAAGGAGUUCAUUGCUUAUUGGAUUGUUAAUCAUGGCGCUGCUCGUUUUUAUCAUCAUUCCGACCGGCCUCCUCACAUGGAUUUCCAGCCCGGAGGCGCUCCUCGUUUUCUACAACGUGCUAUUGAUUAAGCCGUGGAUGAACGUCGUUGUCGCUAUGAUGCUAUUUCGUGAUCUGCGCGUCGCAUUUUUUGCGAUUCUCCGUUGCCCCCCACAGCUCCAACAUUUCAUAAGUAACGGCUGUGGGGGCUAUUCUAUUGUGGCAACAACCGCUUCGAAGAUCUGUUAUGGCUCGGAAAAGGAUUUCCCUGAUCUUCGACAAGAGCACAACGAUAGCGCCAACUUCGGCGCGCCA